AUGACCACUGAUCUCCCAAAUCAGACAACUCCCAUCAUCGUCAACGAUCGUUUACAAUUCUCUUCAAAGAAUCAUGCUAGCGCGUUACUUUCUCAACUGUGCAAGCUCCGCGGUCGGCACGAAUUCUGUGACGUUCAGUUUAUCGUCGGCAAGGACGUAUAUCACUGUCAUCGAGUUGUUAUGUCUGCAUGCAGCCCGUACUUCAACGUCAUGUUUUCUGGUGGUCUCAGCGAAACGAGCAAGUCUGAAGUGGACAUCCACGAAAUCCACAGCAGUAUAUUUAAAGUAUUGUUAGACUUUAUUUACACAGGUGAAGUUGAAGUCACUUCUGAAAAUGUCCAAGAAUUGUUAUCUGCAGCAGACAUGCUUGAACUUCCAGAAGUUGUACAGGCUUGCAGCAGUUUUCUACAAUCUCAACUUCACUCGUCUAAUUGCAUAGGCAUUUCCAGGUUUGCUGAGAUACAUUUUUGCACAGAUUUGAAAAGGGCUGCUGAAGCCUUCAUGAGUUUACAUUUCUUGGAAGUGUGCCAGGAGGAGGAGUAUUUCGACAUAAAAAUGGAUGAUUUAGUGACUCUACUGAGAAGCGAAAAUUUGAGAAUUGAGAAUGAAUACCAAGUAUUUCUCGCUGCUCUUGGCUGGAUUUUACACGAUGUUGGCAAACGACGCAAGUAUCUGGUACAGAUACUGGAUGCGGUUCGAUUCGCACUGAUUUCUCCCAGGCAAUUAUUUGAAUAUAUCAACUCAUGUGAGGAUCUAAGUUUACGAGUUGCUUUAGGAAUGCUGCUGGCUGAAUACAACCCGGAUAGAAAACCUCAGCAGGUGAAGCCAACAAGGUCACUAUCAAAGAAAACAUUGGUUCAAGUUCGCCCCAGACUCAGUGCAAUGAAACACUUGUAUGUGAUUGGUGGUUACUGCUACCCACCAGGUGGUAGGUGGAGCGACAGCCAAUCAUUGAGUGCGGUGGAGCAGUUUGAUUCGUUUAAUCAGGUGUGGUGCAUAAAGUCAUCUCUGAUUUAUCCCCGUAGUGGACAUGGUGUUGCUGUGGUGGAAGGUUCGAUUUAUGCAAUAGGGGGUGAAAGUGACAGCCUGAUAUACGAUAGCGUAGAACGAUAUGAACCAGGUCUCAACCAAUGGGUAGAGGCCCCUUCAUUAACGGUGCCUCGAUGCGGAUUAGGAGUUUGUACAAUAGGACAGGUUAUCUAUGCUUUUGGUGGGUGGAUAGGUUCUGAGAUGGGAAAGACAAUAGAAUGCUAUGACCCAGACAUUGGAAAGUGGUGUGUGAUUGGUAACAUGAAAACCCUCCGGAUAUCAUUUGGAAUUGCGGAGUUGGACGGUAAUAUAUACUGUGUUGGGGGUACCUCUGAUCUGAACACUGAAAUGAGAUUAGCUGAAUACUUUGACCCCAUCACUCAGGACUGGAUUAAACUACCAGACAUGAAAUCACGGAGGACCAGCGUAGCUUUAGGUGUUCUCAAUGAUUGCCUCUAUGCUGUUGGUGGAUGGAAUGAUAGAAAACGUGCACUCAAUACAGUAGAAAGAUAUUCAGUCACAGAGAAAAAAUGGAGCACUGUGGCACCAUUAUCAACUGCCAGAGCUGGUGCAUCGGUGGCGAGCAUUAAUGGUUUGUUGUAUGUAGUUGGAGGUCGUACAAACAGCAAGGAGAACACAGCGCCACUCAUGCUGGAUAGUGUUGAAUGUUAUGAUCCCCAUACAGAUUCAUGGAUUCAUCUUGGGUCUAUGCCCACAGGAAGAUGUGAAACUGCCAUAGCAGUAUUGUAG